AAUUACACAGUCCACAUCUGGAACCAUGAAGGUUGUCCAUUGGAGAAGAUGGUGCUAGGCGUGUCUGCACUAGGCAAUUUUGUAAAGCUGGUGUCCCCACAGACGCAUUUUGAACCAGGAGCUCCAAUUACAAAUGAUGUCCUACGUGGUGAUAUAUAUCUCAUUGAUGGUGCUAUGGCAUUCCCAGAGAUAUGCCGAAGAUAUGCAACGGGCCGUAAAUACUACGACAACAUACAGAAGAAUCCUUACAUGGUCCAGAAUUAUGAAUGGAUUGGUUAUGAAGAUACAGUCAGCCUGGGGGAAAAGAUCACGUACGUACGAUACAUGGGUCUGGCUGGAAUUAUGUUUAAUAACAUAGACGAGGACGACUUUAAUGGAUCG